CUAACUCCCUCGAUCCAAACAAGGUCUUGAUGGUAACAAGAAGAGAGCAAUUGUUGAGAAUCCGCUGUUUUAUUGUUAUUAUGUUUCAUAUUUAUUACUCGUACUCCUCUCUUUUCUUCCGAACAGAACUUGAGACUCAACUGUUUCUAUUUUCCUCUUCUUUCUGUUUCUUUGAUUUGCUCUGAGAGGAUUCGAGAAUGGAGGUUAUCCAGCUCCGGUCCUCGUUUCUCUAACGAAAGCUGAGCGCUAGGUCCUGUGUUUAGUUUCCGAAGUACAUAGAGCGCAUUUGCAGUGGAGCAGUAGAAUGGCGGUGGAGUAUAGAUGUUGCGGAACGGAUUUCUUCGUCAACAUAUUGAUUAUAGUUUUGCUGGUGAUGUUUGCCGGAUUGAUGUCUGGCCUCACUCUCGGACUCAUGUCCAUGAGCCUUGUUGAUCUUGAGGUGCUUGCCAAGUCUGGUACUCCUAAUCACAGAAAACAUGCCGCCAAGAUAUUACCAGUUGUCAAAAAUCAGCAUUUGUUGCUAUGUACCCUGCUUAUAUGCAAUGCUGCUGCCAUGGAGGCACUACCCAUUUUUCUUGAUUCUCUGGUCACUGCUUGGGGUGCUAUUCUCAUUUCAGUGACUCUGAUUCUUCUGUUUGGUGAGAUAAUACCUCAAUCUGUGUGUUCUCGAUAUGGUUUGGCAAUUGGAGCAGCAGUGGCUUCAAUUGUCCGUGUUCUUGUUUGGAUCUGUUUUCCUGUUGCCUUUCCGAUAAGCAAGCUGUUAGACUUUCUGCUGGGACAUCGUGUAGCUCUAUUUCGAAGAGCUGAGUUGAAAACACUUGUAAAUUUGCAUGGUAAUGAGGCUGGAAAAGGUGGAGAACUGACUCAUGAUGAGACAACAAUUAUUGCUGGAGCACUUGAGCUCUCAGAGAAAACUGCUAAAGAUGUCAUGACUCCAGUAUCUGAAACUUUUGCAAUUGAUAUUAACUCCAACCUUGACAGGGAAUUGAUGAAUUUAAUAAUAGAGAAAGGGCAUAGCAGAAUUCCAGUUUAUUAUGAGGAGCCCACGAACAUUAUUGGACUGAUUCUGGUCAAGAAUUUAUUAGCAAUUCACCCUGAAGAUGAAGUACCAGUGAAGAACAUCACCAUACGAAGAAUUCCAAGGGUUCCAGAAACAUUACCAUUAUAUGACAUUUUGAACGAGUUUCAGAAAGGUCAUAGCCACAUGGCUGUUGUUGUGAGACAGUGCAACAAGACGGAGCAACAGCCUUCUAGUUAUCCUGCUGACAGUAAAGCAUCAACUUCUUAUCGUUAUACACUUAGCUGUUUAAAUUCUCCAACAAGUUCUUUAGCUGUCAUUACAAGCUUUACCUCCAAUGAAAAUAUUUUCUUAUCACCAGGAUAGCUUGAUAACAGCUGCUCACUCUCUCUACAUUCCUUUAAAAUAGAUCCAAUGACAGAAGUGAGAGUCGAUAUUGAGUGUGAAAAACCUCCCCAAGAGAAGAUUUUGAAAGCUAAAAGAUCACUCAGGAAGUGGAAGAGCUUUCCAGCUGGGGGUCAGUCAUUUAAGAGUGGUUCUAGGGGUAAAAAGUGGACAAAGGACCUUCAUUCAGACAUUCUAGAGAUAAAUGGUAGUCCACUUCCAAAGCUAUCAGAAGAAGAGGAAGCUGUUGGCAUAAUGACAAUGGAAGACGUGAUUGAAGAGCUCCUACAGGAGGAGAUAUUUGAUGAAACAGAUCAUCAUUUUGAGGACUCUUGACAUCAGCCUUCUUAGGAAAUAGAGCUUUCCGCAAUAGAGAUUAUCACAAAAAAUUUGUUUCAUUUAUUUUGUGUGCCUGUGCUUAGCAUGUGUUUUUAGUCUAUAUAUGGGCAAAGCCUGAGCUGGUUAUGCACAAAUGUAAGCCGUAUACGGAUAGUUGAGUGAUAUAUCAUGUUUUCUCUGCCACUUUCUCUUUGUUUAUGGAAGACGUGUGUAAACAGAGUGAUUGGAAAUGGAAGAGAAUUUCUGGAUAAGACCAAAAUGUGCUAUCCAAUGUAUUUUUCCUGCCUGGUGUGGGAAGCUUAAAUCUGCCAUCAUUUAACUAUUUUGAACAUUUUAUUGUC